AUGAGGCUCCUUUCCCUCACUCUGGCCCUGCUGGUGCUGGUCGCCACAGCGCUCGCCGGCAACGUGCUCGACCUCACCGCCACCAAGGACUUCAACCAGCACAUUGGCAAGUCGCAGGGCGUGCUCGUCAAGUACUACGCCCCUUGGUGUGGACACUGCAAGAGCCUCGCUCCCAUCUACGAAAAGGUCGCCGAUGCCUUUGCGCACCAGAAGGAGACGGUCCUGAUCGCCAAGGUGGACGCGGACAAGAACAAGGAGCUCGGCCAGAAGGCGGGCAUCCGUGGAUUCCCCACGCUCAAGUGGUAUCCUGCCGGCUCGACCGAGGCCGAGGAGUUCAACUCGGGCCGCGAUCUGGACAGCAUCGCCAAGCUGGUCACUGAGAAGAGCGGCAAGAAGAGCACCGUCAAGCCGCCCCCGCCGCCUGCUGCCGAGCAGCUGACCAACCGCAACUUUGACAAGAUCGUCAUGGACGAGAACAAGGAUGUGCUCGUCGAGUUCUACGCCCCCUGGUGCGGACACUGCAAGAACCUCAACCCCAUCUACCAGCAGGUGGCUCAGGACUUUUCCGGUGACGACGACUGUGUGGUCGCCCAGAUGGAUGCCGACGAAGAGUCGAACAAGGCCAUCGCGCAGCGAUACGGCGUCUCUUCGUACCCGACGCUCAUGUUCUUCCCCAAGGGCGACAAGAGCAACCCCAUGCCGUACAACGGCGGUCGAGGCGAGGAAGAUUUCCUCAAAUUCCUCAACGAAAAGUGCCAGACCUGGCGCACCAAGGGCGGUCUGCUGUCGGAGCUCGCCGGCAGGAUGCCUACGCUCGACGGCUUUGCUGCUCGCUGGUACACGUCGCCUGCGGACAAGAAGAGCACCAUCUACUCGGAGUUCAUCGACUACGUCAACACCAUGAAGGCCAGCUCCAAGGUCGACAAGAAGAAGAGCGAGGCUGCCGACUACUACCUCCGCGUGCUCGACAAGGCCAACCAGAGCGCCGGCUACAUUGAGAAGGAGACCAAGCGUCUCAGCAGCAUCCUCAAGAAGCACGCCGAGGGCACCAGCCAGCUUGCGGGCAGGAAGGUGGACGAGCUCACCAAGAAGAAGAAUGUGCUUCUUGCAUUCGUCAACGAGCGCAUCGCUGCCCAGGCCGAGAGGCAGAAGAAGGACUUCGAAGCUCGCAAGGAGGAGCUCUAA